AUGGACGACCGACGCGCUUCCGCCACGCAGCAGGCCGACAUGGCCCUCGCCACGCUCGGCUACAAGAGCGAGCUCCCGCGCAACCUCAAGAUGCUGUCCGUGCUCGGGCUCUCGUUUGCCAUCAUGGCCGUGCCGUACGGGCUGUCGACGACCAUGUCCUACUCGCUCGUCAACGGCCAGUCCGUCACCACGCUCUACGGCUGGUGCCUCGUCUCCGCCAUCUCGCUCUGCAUCGCCGCCUCGCUCGCCGAGAUCUGCGCCGUCUACCCCACCGCCGGCGGCGUCUACUACUGGAGCGCCAUGCUGUCCAGCCCCCGCUGGGCCCCCCUCGUCAGCUUCGUCGACGGCUGGCUCACCCUCGUCGGCAACUGGACCAUUACCCUGUCCAUCAACUUUGGCGGCGCCCAGCUCAUCAUCUCCGCCAUUUACAUGUUUGACCAAAACUACGUCAUUCAGUCCUGGCACACCGUCCUCGUCUUUUGGGCCAUCAUGGUUGUCUGCGCCCUCAUCAACGCCUUUGGCUCCCGCUACCUCGACCUCAUCAACAAGGUGUGCAUCUACUGGACCGGCGCCAGCGUCCUCAUCAUCCUUGUCACCCUCCUCACCAUGGCCGACACCCGCAACUCGGGCCGCUACGUCUUUGCCCACUACGACAGCUCCGAGAGCGGCUGGCCCGCCGGCUGGUCCUUUUUCGUCGGUCUUCUCCAACCUGCCUACGUCCUCACCGGCUACGGUAUGGUCGCCUCCAUGUGUGAAGAGGUCCAGAACCCCGAGCGUGAGGUCCCCAAAGCCAUUGUCCUAUCCGUCGCCGCAGCCGGCGUCACCGGCCUCUUCUACCUUGUGCCGCUCCUCUUCGUCAUCCCCGAGGUCAGCGCCCUCCUCAAGGAAGCCAACGACCACGCCGGCGGCCAGCCCAUUGGCAUCAUCUUCAAGCACGCCACUGGCUCCGCCGGCGGCGGCUUCGGACUCCUCUUCCUCAUCCUCGGCAUCCUCAUGUUCGCCGGCAUCGGCUCCCUCACCGCCGCCUCGCGCUGCACCUACGCCUUUGCCCGCGACGGCGCCAUCCCCGGCUACAAGCUCUGGCGCCGCGUCCACUCCCGCCUCGACGUCCCCAUCUGGGCCCUGGUUCUCUCCACCGCCGUCAUCUCCCUCCUCGGCUGCAUCUACUUUGGCUCCCCCGCCGCCUUCAACUCCUUCACCGGCGUCGGCACCAUCUGCCUCUCCGCCUCGUACGCCGUCCCCGUCAUUGUCAAUCUCGCCCAGGGCCGCGUCGCCGUCAAGAACUCGCCCUACGCGCUCGGCCGCUGGGGCUACUUCCUCAACGGCGUCUGCGCCGUCUGGAUCUUCUUUGCCAUUGUCAUCUUCUCCAUGCCCAGCUCGCUACCAGUCCAGGCCGACACCAUGAACUACGCCUCCGUCGUCUUUGCCGGCUUUGCUGCCAUUGCUGGUCUCUGGUACUUGGUGCACGCCCGACACAACUUUACAGGCCCGCCGGUGUUGCGGAACGACUCAGUUGGCGCCACCCAAGGUGUUGCGCCUGCCGAUUCAAAUACCGAAUCGCAAGACUACGAAAAGGAAUCCAAGUAG